CCUCGGUUCGGGGCGGGGCCGUUUCCGCCCAGCGCUGCCCUCGCGUUCCCAUCGCCGCCGCUGAGGCCGGAGCCGCUGCCGCCGCCCAGGCCCAGGCCCAGCCCGGAGCCUCCCUCCCUCUUUCCCUUCUUCCCUCCCGCUCGCCGCUCCCCGCGGCCCGGCCCCACGUUCGCCAUGUCGGCCCAGGCCCAGAUGCGGGCCCUGCUGGACCAGCUCAUGGGCACGGCCCGGGACGGUUCAGUGUAUCUUUGCCUGCCUACAUCAAUCUGCAAGGGAGUUGCAGAAAAGCCUCAUGUUCAUCGAGCCGAGAUGAAACCAGACAAAGGGUGAAGUUUACAGACGAUCGUGUUUGCAAGAGCCACCUCCUGGAUUGCUGUCCUCAUGAUAUCCUGGCUGGAACAAGAAUGGACCUGGGAGAGUGCACAAAGAUCCAUGACCUGGCACUGCGAGCAGAUUAUGAGAUUGCAAGUAAAGAGAGAGACCUGUUUUUUGAGCUGGAUGCAAUGGAUCACUUGGAGUCCUUCAUUGCAGAGUGUGACAGGAGAACAGAGCUGGCCAAGAAACGUCUGGCUGAGACACAGGAGGAGAUCAGUGCUGAAGUGUCUGCAAAGGCAGAGAAAGUACACGAGCUGAAUGAAGACAUAGGAAAGCUGCUAGCUAAAGCUGAGCAGCUGGGAGCUGAAGGAAAUGUUGAUGAGUCUCAGAAGAUCCUGAUGGAAGUGGAGAAAGUCCGAGCAAAAAAGAAAGAGGCAGAGGAAGAAUACAGGAAUUCCAUGCCUGCCUCCAGUUUCCAGCAGCAGAAGCUGCGUGUGUGUGAGGUCUGCUCAGCAUAUCUGGGUCUCCAUGACAACGACCGGAGGCUUGCUGACCACUUUGGAGGCAAAUUGCACUUGGGUUUCAUUCAGAUUCGUGAGAAACUGGAUCAGCUGAGGAAAACAGUGGCAGAGAAGCAGGAGAAGAGAAACCAGGAUCGUUUGAGACGGAGAGAGGAGAGAGAAAGAGAGGAGAGGAUGGGCAGACGGUCUGGAUCAAGAAACAGAGACCGUCGAAGGUCACGUUCCCGGGAGAGGAGGAGGAGGCGCUCGAGGUCGGGCUCCCGGGAGCGGCGGAAGUCGCGCUCCAGGUCCCGAGACCGACACCGGCGGCACCGGAGCCGCUCCCGCAGCCACAGCAGAGGCCACCGACGGGGGUCCAGAGACAGGAGUUCAAAACACAAAUCUUCUAGAGAUCGAUCUUCAAGAGAGAAGUCACGGGACAGAGAGAGGAAAGAGAAGAGCUCUUCUGAGAGGCGGCACGAGAGCACAAACGGGAAAUCUCGUUCCAAGAGAUCAGAAGAGAGAGAAGCUGGAGAGAUCUGAACUCUGCCAUCUGUGUUGCACUGUAAAUAGUCUGAUAAACAUUCUACACAAAGCCUAAAUUUCCCAUUUAUAUUUACUGAAUACAACCCAUCUUUUGUAGUUUGGGAUUUUUAUCGUUUGGCAGAUAGCUGUGAGUUUGUAGAGACACAGAGUUACGUACUGUUUUAACAGGAUCUUGUUUUAGUAGGAAUAAAUAAAUCUGGAGGGAUGGUUGUCACUGCAGGGGGGUGGCUGGCUGGCACGCCGUGGUUGUCCUGCCCCAGCCCACGUGGCCAUCAGGGCAGUUCCUGAGCUGCUGUCACCUUGUAAUGCUUUCAGCCUUUUCCAAAAAUCACCCUGACCCUUGUGAGCACACCAGUCCUGCUGGGGCUCACUUAAUGAAUUUUUUUUCUUUCUGUUUAUAUAUGUUAAAUUCAGAAGUGGGUUGGUUUUUCUUUUAGUGCUCAGCCACCUUUGUUUUCACACCUCUGCCUCUGAGCAUUGCCUGGCUGCCCCAGCUCACUCAGGACACACAGAUUUGGACCUUCUCUGCCUGUUCUGGGAGCUCCUCAUCCUCGUGAUGAUGACCAAAUCUGCUGGAGCACGUUCCUGAGAGGGACGAGCUCGAGUCUGGGUUUAGUACCUUGCUGGAUCAAUCAGAUUCAGGGUUUAGAACAAAAGGGUGGAAAAUUUCAUUUCUUCUCUAGAGGAGGCUCAGCCAGUCCCUUUCCUGAGGGUUUCCAGAGCCGGGGCAGGAGGUGGCUGAGGAUGGAGGGAACCCCCGGGGCAGGAGGAGGGCAGGAGCCUGUGGUACCUCUCUUUGUGACAGGUUCUGUGGCACCGGUGUUGUAUCACGACUGAGCCGGAGGCGGCGUUCCCUGUCGCGACCGAGCCCGGCGUGCUCGGGGGUCCCGGGGUGGGGGGUGGUGGGGUGGGGGUCUUCUUCCCCUGUCGGGUCAGGUAUCCCGCGCUCCCUCCCUGGGUGUCAGUGCCCUUCGUGCAUGCCGUCCCCUCCCUUCCCUGUCGGUUUUUACAAGGAAUUCCGCGGUUUCACGUUUCUUGUUUUUUGUAACCUCGGUGUGGGUGAGGGGAGCGGGGCCGGGGGGCGGCGGGAUGCCUGGACGUGACUGUGCUGUUCUCUCGCGGUCUGAUCGCAUUAAAGAUCUG